AUGGGGUGUGUGUUAUCAAGUAUUGAUGAGGAUGGAAGAGUUGGCAUAUGCAAGGAAAGGAAGAAGGUAAUCAAACAGCUAGUGUGUAAAAGAGAGGAGUUUUCUGAUUCCCUGCUAGCUUAUUUGAAAGCAUUGAGGAACACCGGCGCCACUCUCAGGCAGUUCACCGAGUCCGAUAUAUUAGAAUUGGACUUUGCAUCUACUGGCCUGCCUGACCCCCCACCUUCCCCGCCGCCUAAUUUGCUACUUCCACCACCGGUGCCUCCUUUUCUCACCGACAAGAGUAUGCUGCAAGUUGGCCAAGAUGAAAUGCUAGAGAAUGAUGACAUUGAUCCAAUUAUGAACUCGCUGUUGCUAUUUCGACCUAUGGAUAAAGUAGAAGUGGUAGAGUCCUUGGAGGAGGAGAAUUGGGAAGAAACCAAAACGGAAUUCGAAGAUGAAGUCCAAGACUCGGAAGGUGAUGCGAGUGUUAGAAAAUUACGCAGUGGAAAGCAACAGGUUAGAGAACCAGUUGAUGAUAAUCCAUCUGCCAUUUGUUUGUUUAAAAAAGAAACUCACGUUCCGAAAGCUACGCCCAAGGGAGUUGGUAGAAAUGUGAAAACUUUGGAGGGUAUAGUUAAAGAGUUAGAUGAUCAUUUCCUGAAAGCAUCAGCAUGCAUAAAGGAAAUUGCUGUCCUCAUUGAUAUCAGCAGUGGAGAUACUCUUCUGCGGCAGAAUUCUGGCCGUCAUCUUAGCAAGAGAACCAAUUCUGCAAGGGUGUUUAGUGUACUGUCAUGGAGUAGGUAUACUAAGUCGCAAACAUUCACCAAAGGUGACGCCGACUUUUCUAGUCCUAGUGAACCAUGCAGGCCUGGAGCUCAUUGUGCCACGCUUAAAAAACUAUAUGCCGCUGAGAAGAAACUUUACGAAGCAGUAAAGGAGGAGGGAAUCACCAAAUUGGAGUUUGAGAGGAAAUCCGCCUCAUUGCAAAAACAAGAGGAUGAGAAUCUUGACUCGGCCAAAAUCGCCAAAAUUCGAUCAAAUGUUGAGAAGUUGGAGUCUGAUUUAAUAAGCCUACGGCAGUGCAUCAGUGAAACAUCAUCAUCAAUUUUGGAACUUAUAGAUGAAGAGCUCUUACCACAAUUAGUUGCAUUAACAGCCGGGUUGUCACAAAUGUGGAGGAUAAUGCAUGAGUGCCAUCAGUCUCAGGCUCUGAUCUCUCAGCAGUUGAUUAACCUAAGUGAUAACCAUAACACAAUUCUAAGUUCUGAAUAUCACUACCAGGCUACAAUUCAGUUCGAGAGUGAGGCCUCUUAUUGGUAUAAUAGCUUCUGCAAACUUGUAAAAUCGCAACGAGAGUACGUAGGGACCCUCAGUAAGUGGAUCAAGCUUACGAACUGCCUCAGGGAUGGUCAUGAAAGCGGCGAUCACUCUUCUAUUCGCACCAUUUGUGAACAAUGGGAGCUCGGCCUUGAUGGAUUACCUGAUAAGGAGGUCGCGGAAGCAAUAAAAAACCUUUUGAUGUCUAUCCGUUCCAUAAUUGCUCAACAGGCCGAGGAAGAUAACAUUCUGAAAAAGUUGGAAAAACUUGAAAGAAAGUUGCAGAGGUGCUCGGCAUCCAUGGCUGUAAUACAGAAAAAAAUGGAAUGGAAUUUCGAAGAAGAUGAUGGAGAUGUAGCUAAUAUAAGCCCGAAACAUCCACUAUUUCAGAAAAAAGCUGAAACAGAAGCCUUGAAGAAGCAAGUGGAAAGUGUGAAAGAAGAUUAUUUGGAUUCUGUUCAAUGUAGUAGGACCAUGACCCUAGAUAGCCUCCGAACUCGACUUCCCCAUCUCUUCUUGUCACUGAUGGAAUUUUCAAGUGCUUCCUCUCAAACAAUUGAGGCUAUAAAUUCUCAGUCAAGUCAAUAG